UAAAGGUGACACCACGCUCUCAAAGUGUGAGAGAUCUACUCCAAGGUGGAGAAUUGGACACAAACAUCAUCAUGAGCCGCAGCCCAGAAAGGAUGUCUUCAUACCGCCGUUAUUUUGAGGACACCACGGUAACACCUUCUGUGUACCAGCUCCGGGUGUGCAGUCCGUCCCCCGUCCGCAGGGACGCUCACCAUCGAUCUGUCAGCCUCUCCCGAAGCGGGGGGACGAUGAGACACAAAGUCCUGUCCAGUAAACCCCGUGUGAGCAGUGUUGGGAUGGGGACGGUGUACUUUGGUUUGUCCAUGGGUUUGGAGCCAACACUGGAUCUGGAUGCAGCUACUGCAGAAAACCAGGCUUUUAUGUUGACUAGAACCAAUGACAGGCAGGAGAUGGUCGCCCUCAAUGACCGGCUGGCGGUGUACAUCGAAAAGGUGCGAACGCUGGAAUCCAAAAACAAGCUUCUGGAAGCCGAGAUUGAGGCCCUGCAGAGCCGCCACGUCAAACCGUCCGGCCUCAGACACCUGUACGAGUCUCAGCUGAGGGGCCUCAUCAGGGACGUCGAGAAAAUGAGAACCCAGAGAGAUGUAGCUUUGGCAACCAAGGAAGCGAUGUUAGGCCAACUGGACGCACUGAAAGCCAAAUAUGAAGAGGCUGUGGAGAUGAGGAAGAAAACCGAGGAAGAAAUUGAGGCUCUGCGUCUGGAUGUGGAUAAAGCCACUUCAGCACAGAUUGGGCUGGAGAAGCAGCUGGAAAACUUGGAGGUGGAGCUUGCCUUCCUCCAGAGAGUUCACAAGGAGGAAAUUGAGGAACUGAUGCAGAAGCUCUAUUCUGCAGCUUUGAGAGUGGACAUGACCUUUGGCCUGCCAGAUCUCUCCUCUGCUCUGAGAGAGAUCCAGGCUCAGUAUGACGGCAUCGCUGCCAAAAACAUGCAGGAAAUGGACAGUUGGUACAAGACAAAGUUCCAGAACCUGACAGACGCCUCGACCAAACAUGUUCAAAGUGUUCGAAGUGUGAGAGAAGAGAUCGCAUCUUAUAAGAAGGAUAUCCUCAACGAGGAGUGUGAGCUGGAAAACCUGAAGACAAAGAAUGAGUAUUUGAUGACUCAGAUCCGAGAUGCAGCAGGAAAAUACAAGGAGGAGGAGGAGGACUUGCAGGAGCGUAUAGAGGCGAUUAAACUGGAUCUAAAGGUGACCAAGGAGAAAAUCGCCCUGCUGUUGCGGGAGUACCAGGAGCUUCUGAACAUCAAGAUGGCCCUGGAGAUUGAGAUCACUACCUACAGGAAGUUGAUCGAGGGCGAGGACAGCCGCCUGAGCUCCAUGGUUCGGAAUCUAUCCCUAACAGGAGGUGUGACAAUCACUAGUAGCACCACGUGCACAACGUCUGAUGCGCCAGCUUUUAAAGCCUUUUCAGUGCUCCACAACGUCCCCGAUGACAAGACCAGUCCAGGUGCCGACAAGGAGCCAGAUGCAGGCAGAGAUCGAGAAGAUGCGACCUCGUCAGAUCCUCAGACCGAUGGUCGUUUGGAUGAACAGGCUACUGAGAUAUGA